CGGCCGCGGUUGCUUUCGUCGACGUAACGUUCAUUCCAGGUGGAAUUGUGAUUCCCCGCGAGACGAAAGAUAUGAGAGACGGCAGUUCACAUUCCUCGUGUCCAUUCCGGGUCUCUCUCAGCUGUGUACACACGCGUUGUCAUUAGUGAUCGAAGAGACGACGGGAGGAGCGUUUCGGACUCUUCCUCCUCCGUUCUGCAGUCUCACGUGGCGGACGCUGCGAUCACAAUCAUUUCGGCCGCUUAUCGCGAGACGCUGAAUCGCGUCAGAUAUGGGUCACGUUUCGAUAUACGGACCUCGCGAAGAGGCAGAUAAAGUUCUCGACGACGGACACCUGGCGAUUCACGAAGAGGUGCUGAGGAUGCUGACGCCGAGACGCGCGGGGCCGGUGGGCCCCGAAGAGAUCGGCGACGGGCCCGACGACAAGGGUGCGAGCAACGUGGCGAGCGGCUCGGUCACCCCCGACGGCUCGUACGAGAACACCGACGGCUCGAAGGAGUUCCUGUCAAGCGGAAGGACCGGCAGGAGGAACGCGCUACCGAAUAUCCUUGGCCGACACGCCAAAACCGGUCUGUCCGACCUUCCAGAUCGGUUUGGCGCGUUGUCCACUCACUCAGAUCGGUCCAACAACAGCGGACAAGACCCGGAUGUACCGGGGACAUCGAAACAGCAUGGCUGACAUGGUCGUGAGACUUCGUAGCGAAUGUCGCUGUUGCGACACUUGGCCUCUUCCCCAUCGUCGACAUGGAUGUCGACAGCGAGGGGGAAACAUUUGCCGUUUCUGUGAACGAAGUUCUCGACUCGAACGUUCCUUGACUCGACGACCAGGCGGACGACAUGGCGAACAUGUCGCCGCGUCAACCGCUAUUGAACGCUAGAAUUUGACGAAGAGAUCAGAGCUAGAACUCGAAGAGGGUCGCAUGAUCGAAGAGUACGGCUGGGGACUCGAUCGUAGGAGCGUGACGAGUCUGUAAUUUAUAAGGUUCACCUCGGGCGUGGAUUCGUACGUCGGAGAUCUCGUCUCAGACGCGAUCUCGUACCCGAAGAAGACGUUGUAAAUUGCGGAUUCAUUCAUCAUUCUUGUAAUAAACCUUGCCUUCAGUAUCACACACACACACACACACACACACACACACACACACACACACACACA